UUACCAUGGUUACUUUUUAUCCAUUCUCAUUGCGAUAUUUAAGAUUUAGUUCAAAAAAAUAUGUCAAAAGUUAUUUAAUUUAAAUUUAUUACAACAUACAAGUUUUUUUUCUAGUACUUACAAUACGAAAGUCUGUGAAGAAUAAAUUAAAAUGUCGGCUUUGUUACGGACUAGAUAUUUUUUUUAUAUUUAAAAGUUUUGUCAAUAGUUUUACUAAGGAAUUUGUGUUAAUAUUUAUUGAACGGUUACAUACUGACCUAGUUUGUGUCUUCCCUUUGUUUUGUGGCCUAAUUAAUAGCAGUUAUGAAUACUUUACUUGCAAUAACAUUGCUCUUGUACGUUUUCUAAAUAAAAAUGUACGUGAAGAUAAUGUAUUAAUUGAGCUGUAAUAAUGAGUCUCAGCGAAUAAUGAGUGAAGACUACGAUAUACGAGGUUCAAAGCGUCAUUACUGUGGGCAAGUUUAUAAAGAUGUACAAACUCCAAAGAAAUUGACAUUUUCUGGAAAUUUCACCCAAAGUCAGAGGUUAUUUGACAUAAACUCCCCAGAAAGGCGAGCCAGCAUGCGGCGAGAUAUACUCAGUGCGGUCAUGAAAAGGACAGAGUCGAGGUUGGAACAAGAGGAACCUAGAGUCUUCCACGAUGACAAUCCAAUGUACGAGGAUCCGAGGGAUGUUAUUGGAGAUAAACCAGCGAAACCACCCAGAAAGCGUAACAUUCAAGCGGUAGCAGUUUCCUCACCAAAGACGAGCAAGGAAAGUAGGACACUAUUAAGGGAACAGAAGAAGAAGCUUACCAAAAAAUAUGAGAGCCUUAUUACAUCACUAAUGGAAAGAUGUGAGGAAAAUGUCACUCAGUUAUCAGAAAGGGAUUCACAAAUAAAUAAAUUAAAAGAAAAACUCAAAAUCGUGCUAGAAUACAACAGACUGUUUGCAGAAGAGAAUGAUCAAUUAAAAUCACAAUACGAGACACUAGUUAAAUAUGUAGAAGAGUGUAAAGCAGUUAUAAAAGAAGAGAGAGAAAGAAAUACAACUUUAGAGGAGAAGAAGAAAGAGUUAGAGAAUAAAGUGAAACAGUACGAAGUUCCUGAUAGAGAUAAUGCUCCUACAACGGCCAUUCCCCUGGUAGAAGUGUGCAUGAGCUGCAGCAGUCGCCAGAUCAUACUGAAUCAGGCGCGCGAGCAGAACACCAGGCUUCAGAAGGACAUGCAGGCGUUGAAAGAUGUUUUGUAUAGGUUAAACGUCCAACUAUCUCGAUAUCAAGAGAAACUACGCGCCAACGUACAAGGGUUAAGUGCUGACGGGAAGGACAGUAUAUAUAAACCAGGAGAAAAAAUUGAUGGGUUCGAUUCACUGAUCACCGCUAGUCUUGGCUAUAAACAAGAAUCGGCCACCGACGAAGCACAGUCCAAUAAAACCGGUCCUGAAGAGCAAACCCACGGACGAGUGGUAGACUUGUCUGGACUACUAAGUGCGCAGGCGCUGGCGCCCCUCUUCGACGCUUAUCAAGAAAAUUUACAAGAAAAAGACAGCCUCAUACUGGACUACGAGAAACAAUUUGAAAAUAUAAAUAAGAAAUCAAAACAAAUUGUCACCGAGAAUAAAUCGUUGAACGAAAAGGUCCGAACGCUAGAAGAGGAGCUGGCGCAAACGAGACAGAACUAUAAAAAGAUGGUGGUCGAGAGAGAGACGGCUGAUAUAGAGAAGGCUACGCUGGCCGAGCGAGCGGAACGCGCAGAGUCAAAGCUGAAGGAAGUGUACGAACUAUAUGAAGAUAAGAUGGCAGCCAUGAUGCGUGACUACGAGACGGUACACCGUGAGUACUUCGCGACCCGCGGUGCUUUAGAAGCAGCCGACGGCCGCCUCGCAGCCUUCGCCGCGCUGCGGGCGAGGACCGUGCCCGCUGACCUUCACGAGCGGCGACUUGACCACUGCAAGAGACUGCUAGAAGAAUUGAAACACCAGUACAGCAUGGAAACUGAACGCAAGACAGAACAAGCCGCCAAGCUUCAGGAGCAACUGAAACUGCUAGAAGAGAAGCACAGCAAGGUGUGCCAGGAGCACGAGGCGGUCAAAGAGGAAUUGACAGCUGCUUUGAAGAAUGUUAGGUUAUAUCGUAAAGCAGCGGUAAUAUUUCGUCAGCGCGUAAAAGCGGCGACCGCUAGAGCGACGCGCGUCCGCCGCAGUGUACGGAAGGCACGCACCGCUAACGAGCCGCUGCGGUUAGCGCUGGAAGCGCUUGAAAGAAUCAAACGGGAAAUUAAGGUAGUGAAGUCCCGCGCGUACUCGUCGCUGGAGGAGCUGGAGAGGCGCAUCGUGCAGCAGGAGCGGCGCGCUGCGCUCGCGCACGCCGAGCACCGCCGCGAGCUGGACAGGGCCGCCCUGGCGCUGCAGCACAAGGAGGGCAUCAUCAGGAGCCUCAUCGAUAAGGUGGCCGACGUCGAGGAGGUCAGACUCAGCCAAACUAACACGAGUCGACUCCAAGGUAUAGUGUCCGACGUGUCAGACCACUCGUCGUCUCCUGAAGAGAAAAAAGAUACGAAACCGUCCGUCAAGCUGGUGCCAGGGGCCGGAGGCUAUUUUCAGGAGAAAGAGGGAAGAAGAAAGAGACAGAGAAAUAACUACAUGGGACAGAUAAAAGAAACACUAGGUGUCAUCUCGUAUACGGAGGUUAAAGAAUAGAGCUGGCUGGAAAAUGUAUGAAUCGGUUGCCCCUACGAGAGGAAACUUUUAAAUGAAAAAAAUAUGAUAAUAUUAUAAUGUUUAUAUAUUAUUACAAGUAAGUACUAAGUGUUCAUAAUUAAGGUCUAGUCAGCAUCGAACCGCCAAUUCUUUCACAGCCACUGAACUAUAAUGGUUCUAUAGGUUACAUGUAUUUUGUAAUUUGUUAUUUAGUAAUUAUGUAUGAGGUAAAGAUAUAUAUAUAUUCUUUAUUGCACUUGUAAAUUACAUUGUUAAUGCAUUUAUAAAUAUUGUGAGCAAGGGUGGACUUAUCUCUGACAGAGAUCUCUUCAAUAUCUGAAGAGAUCUCUGACAGAGAUCUCUUCA